AUUGUCUUUAGUUGCUUUAAGUGCUGCUGUAGGAAAAGAUACAAAUCAUUUUAUCACCGGUUAGGGGAUGAAAUUGUUUUCUCUGAUUCUCAGCUGUCAGAACACCAACUUUUUGCAGAAAAUAUUGUGAAAAAUUUGUUGGAAAUAAUGCAACAUCUGAAUACUAAUGAUCACCCUGGUAUUUCCAAAGAUAUAAUUGGGACUGGUAGUGCCUUUGAAGGUCUGAAGGUCAAACCAGAAAUAGAGUUUGAUUUCAUGAUUCCAAUCUCUAUAAAAACAGUGGUGGUCCAUAGUUGCAGAAGCAAUAAAUCUCCAACACCAGGAAUCUUUCUAGACAAAAUGUGUGAUGAUGGCUAUCUUUCAGCUAAGGCUGUCCGAGAAUGGUUCCAGUCCUUAGCUGAUAGGGCAGCCAAUAUGCUUAAAAAAAGGGGCAUAAACCUUAAGUUUUUACAACAGGGACCUGCUCGUACACUGAAAAUCAUGACGAGUGGAGAGGUGACAAUUUCCAUUGAUUUGGUCCCUGCAGUAAAAUAUCAGAAUGUUUACCUUGUAGCAAAAACAUAUGAAGGCUAUUUACCGGAGUCCAGUAAAGACAUCGUGUGGAGGCUCUCAUUCUCAGUUCAAGAAAAAGCAUUUUUGGAACAGAAGACUUUGAGUUUACCUAAGAAUGCUUGUCAUAAAAAGGCUCUUCAGAUUCUCAAGUACUUGAAACAAGAAGAAAGGAAUUCCAAAAGAUCACCACCACACUGGUGCACAAGUUUAAGCUAUUACCAUUUGAAAACUCUUUGGCUCCAUCAGUUGCAUAAGACACCCACAAGUCAAUGGCAUGACAAUCAACUGAAAGAAAGAGUAGCAGAGAUACUGGAUCAUUUGAUAGGAAGUCUGGAGUCAGAAACCCUUUAUCAUUUCUUCAUGGGAAACACAGAACUGACUGAAGAGGCUGCUACAUUGUGUAUCCCAAGAAGAUUUCUGAGGACUCAUUUAAAAAGUAACUUAUAUGAUGGAAUUCAUCCUGACACAAUGUAUCAGGCUCUGCUUCAGCUCAAAAGUAUUCAAAUAAGUAUAGACUCAUAUGUUGAAAAUUUACUUUUAGCACUGUCAGAAGAAAACAGAGUUCACUUUGCAAGCAACAUUAGAAUAAUCUAAUUUCAUAACCAUAUGUGCAACUGUAUAAUAUGUAGAGCUUAAAAUUACUUUUAUCCACCUCAUAUUCUGAGUUACAAUCUGUCAGCAGUUCCUGUAUCUUGUCAGGCACAUCUACAAGCAACUGUAUCAAAUGCUAUUUGUUGUAAGCGUCUCACACACAAAAAUACUAUUUAUGAAC